ACCUGCUCCCUCCCGCUCUUAAGACGACCCGACCAUGUGAAGCCGCACCUCCUGGUGCUGACGCGACGGCCAGCAUGUCCCCUAUAAUGCACUCGCCACACUCGACUUCGAGUCACACUACAGGUGAGUCUGGCGACUCGGACCGCUCCAGUUGGCGGUUCAUUUCAACACCCAUUUCUUCCGAGGAUGAGCAACCCUCUAUUGUGAAACCCACUGCCGUGCCAGUGGAAGAGCGCCCCAAGGUUUCCUUCGAGGAGCUGGCCGGUCGUUAUCGCCAGAACCAGCACAAGCAGGCGCGCAGGAAGAAAUUAGAGCAGCGCCUCCAUGCGACCAAGGUGUCCAUGGGAAUAUCGGCGCGUCUGAUUCGUCUCGGAGCCGCUGUUCAACGCGGCUUGGUUGAUAGGCUCAAGCAUGAUGACAAGGCCAAUUUCAUCACUCUCUACCACACCAUGAUUGAUCUUCAGGAGCCCUGUUCGUUAGCAACCCGGCGCCAUCUUCAUCACCCGGAUCCUUGGGAGGAUUGGUCGAGCCCUCGAGACUCUUCUUUGGACCGCAACCCGGAUUUCUUCUCGCAACUGAGCCCUCAGUCGAGGGCGGAUCUUCUUGAUAUCCUUCAAUCAGUCCGCUCGGAUCCCCAGUUUGUGUUUGAAAAGCUAUGCAGCCUGACUCCUAACCAGCUGUCUACUCUGAUAUCUUCCUCCGUCACCUCCUGGGAGGCCGGUGGGGAUCCCUCAUUCCCUCCUAUGUCCCGUUCAAGGAUAUCUAGUCUAAAUUCGAGAACCGGCCCUGUUUCUGGUAUUCCGUUCAAAGACCGUGUUUUGGCAUUUGAGAGGACGGACCCCCUGUCCACCUUGCUGUUUAAUGUUUAUGCAGCUCCCUUGGACUCGGAGGCCCCGGAGGCACAGCUACGAUUGGAUAUGUGGUCCUCGGUCUGCGCGAAACUCAUCGCCGAUGGUGCCAGCAGGUCUUACGCGCUCAUCGACCAUAUCCUGACCCUAUGGGCCACAGGUAGCAAUUGGAAGGCAAAGCCCAAGUUUGAGCUUUAUCUCAUGGAUAUCCUCCAAACCGGUGCAUUUCUUCUGGAGCAUGUAGAGCCCCCGCCCGGCUAUGAUAUGGACCCGAUAGACCCUUUGAGAACGGAUGUUGCCGAGGAAUACUUUGCGUCCACUGUGGAUGCGUUACUUGAACUUUUGGAUGAUCCAGACGCAGGGUUACCCCAGUCAGUCGUGCAACUGAGCAAAGCAAUCCUGCAGAAGCUCGACCACCAGGACUGCCGCGACCGUUUUUUGGAUUUCUUGCUCGUUCAAUGGUUUUUCCCCAAGUUCCUUUACGGGGCUCUAACCUAUCCUGAGGGCCACGACCUUCUACUUGAUUUUUAUAUCAGGAAAGAUGCAAGAGAGAAGCUGCUUGGCCAGGUCGGGUUCCAAGCUUAUUCGCAGGCACUCGCAAUUCUUCGCCCGAUGCAUCAAUAUCCCAUAGCUCGCCCUCGGGUCAGAGAACAUGUUGAGAAUAUGCUUGACCAUAUCCGCGACCCUACUAGCAGGAUUAUUCAACAUUCGGGCCGCUCCACAGCGCUUCAUAAUGGACCAGCUUCCCCUGCGGUGUUUUUGAUGCUCUCCAAUGCCGACGUUCUUACAUUGCUGAAUUCCAUUUUCCCCACGCCCAAUCCACUGGCGUACAGCUCCCAGUCACCAUCCUCAGGUAUUUCCCUCUCACCGCUUGGAUCACAACCAGACAAGCAUGUGAUGUCCACCACCUUCGAGCCAGGCUUCUAUCGUGCAUCUGUGCCGUUUUCUCCCAGGCCAACGUUCCGCACCAAAGGCCCCCUCCCAACGGAUGUCCAUUUCUUCUCGCUGCACGAAAACACCUUGGAAUCUAAGGCUGACAAGAUUCGUUUUGAGUUGUCUGACCAAGGCGAGCAUGACGUCCAUACCCAUUUAGAGACCCCGUCUGCAGAGGAAUGGACACUCUUCACUGUUUCCCAGAAUGGCAUGAGACUAGUCUGGGGCCUGUUUUCAGAUGGCCAAUCCAACUCUUUGGGCAACUACCCAGCCGAUGAGGGAAACUCUUCCACCUUAGGAAAUGAAGACAACUUUGAAGCGCUACAGACAGCCAUUGUGAAGCUGAUUCAAGAAAACCCUGCUGGUGACCGCGCUGAAUAUGGUCUACAGCUGUCUCAAGGCCAAUCGCAAGCAGGUGCCCUAUCACUUAAGGAACGGUUCAAUCGUGCCAUGGCAUACUGCCACCAGAGCUCCGAUUUUAUUGGCGCGCAUUACUGGUGGAAUGCCACUCGGCUGCUGCGCCGGAGCGUCGCUAACUCAUCAGCCCAGCAUGGCGAUGAUUCUUGGAUACUGGAACCAAUGCACUCGGCCUGUGUCCGCUCCCUUCAAACAUCUAGUUCCGUUAUCCAGCGCUGUGAAGCUGAUUUUGUUGCUCUUGAUCGCCAUACACUACGACUUCGUAAGACGGUGAAAGAUAUGAUGAAGGCUAUGGCGAGGCUUCGAAACAAGAUGUGGUUUAUGACUGAUGUGAGAAACUCCAGACGCUACGAAGAAGCUAGGCAUGUCGCACUUGCGCUUAAGACCAUGCCCUAUGCUCACAAGUACGCACAACCCGAGCCUCGGUUUCGUGGCAGCGCCAGGUCUUUUGGCGGAGGAUUCCUCCAGAAGCCUGAGCUGCAAAUUAUGAAUGUCAUGAAGGCACCCAGCAACCAGGCAGGUCCGACCAAGCUCGCAGAUGAACAGGUUGAUUUAAUUCGGAAGUGGCUGGCCCAUAAUAACAUCGACAAUUUCUGCAAAGGCGAAGAACGGAUUCAUCGUUUCUGUUAUGAGGUUGGAACCAGCAUCAACCGCUUGGUUGGAGAGACGAUGGCAGAAACUCCAGUACUAUGGGCGAGUGAAUUGUUCCACAAAGAACGAACCAAGUACGAAGGAUCUAGUAACCGAGGCUUCUUCGGCCUUGCCUCCAGUCUACGGUCGUUUGGUGCAGCUAGCGAUGAUCCUCCUCACUCUACAUCCUCUCUAGCCAGCACAAUUCUACGACCACAGGAACCAUCAAGGGUCUCCCAGGAGUCUCCUAGACUGAAUCUGAAGCCUUCCUUCCAGAGUUUAGACUCUGAUAGAUGGAGAGCCCCAGGCGCCGGCACUGAUACCUCUUCCAUCCUCGGUGAGAGGGCUCCAUCGACCACCACUGGAGACUCGUGCAGCACAUUCUGGUCGGCUCCCCCUCCACAUACCCAGUAUGCGCCGAGUGCAUCUAGCUUCUAUUCUCGACCUCCGUCCAUGCUCAGUGAUACUGCUAUUCAACCACCACGGCGUACUGACCAAAAAUCGCAUGGGAAAACAGCAUUCCUGGACGACAUUCGACACACAUUGACAAGCCUAUUGUUGAGCGAUCUUGGCUCACCGGUAUGGAGUUGUGGCACCGAAACAGAUGCUUGGUUUGGCAGCGUACUAGACCAAAAGAGAAUCCAGGCGCAGAUGAGGAAACGAUCUCGCAUCCAGCGUUUCUACUCGGAGUGUGAUGAGCGAGCGGCUCGCCAAUCAAUUCAUCGCGUCCCAUCCUCCCGAAGAAGCAGAUCACUUGAUCCUCUCAGCCGGGAGCCCUCGGGCGUCUCCUCCGAGGCUACGAAUAACACAACUGGUUUGGAAGUUUCGGCCCCGUUCUCUUACAGCACGGUAUUUCGACGACUCCUAGACAUAUUUUCCCGUCACGGAAACCCGUUUGUCAAACUCGAUGCACUUCGAGAUCUUCGAAGCUUGGUAAUCGCAUCAAUCACUACUGCCAACGAUGACCAAGCAUCGUCUUCCUGUACCCCUGAUUCCACCCCUCAUCAAAGACGUACGUCUGCCAUUCACAGGAAGCGCGAUGCUCGAUGCAGUUUCUCCGAACCCCAUGGGCGUCAUCGACCCGAAAAAGACCCGCUACACACGCCGACGUCACCUCCUGCCGAGUCGGUGAUCUUCGAUUCUCGACCUUCCGACUAUUCUAUACCCAGCGAGAAGCAGAUCGUCGAGGCACUUCGGGAAAUUAUUUUUGAUAUGAAGCCAAAGACACUCUUCCGCGAUCUCCAGUUUAUAUCGGCUUUCGUUCCUAGUGAUACACUGAACAAGACAGACAGUGGUACUGCGUUUUUGCAAUUUGGGCUGGCUGCUCUCAGCUUAAAGGAUGAAGUAUGUAACAGUAUGGUGGAGAUUGCAGACGAGAUCGUCUCCCAAGAACUCACCCGUCGGCAUCCUCCGCAUAUGUACGAUAUGCACCCUCGCGUGGGUGAUCCAAUGAAAGAAGCAGCCAACAUGUGGAUCAUCACAGCAAAGGAGGGCCAUUCUGUUGCUCAACGCGAACUGGCGAUUCUAUACCUCACCCAUCCUGAACUCGUCCCACGAGUGACGUUCCCACUUACUUUAUUAAGAGAUACCUUCAAGGCGGAUAUGAUGUACCGCCGAGACAAGGACUCCAAAUCAGAUCCCCAUACUAUGUGCCUGGCGCUGCACUGGAUGCAGCUCUCAGCUAAUGGGGGAGAUGAGCUCGCACGGAAUCGGCUUCGUGAGCGCGAGGAGUUUGAGUCUAUUGCUUAAUAUUCUCUACUCUCUUUUUUCUUAUAUUUUCCCUUUAUAUUAUUGAUACCAUUUUGGAGCAGUUGGAUGACUUGAUCUGUUAUUCCAUAUUCCAUGUCACUAAUUUCGGAGCAGUGGUUUUCUUUCUAUCUUCUAGUUGUACGUGUGGGCUGUGUAUCGUUCUCGACUUGUAGCUGUACUGGCAAUUUCUCUCUCGGCGGAGUGCGGCUUAUUUGAUUGAUAUAUUACAGCAUACAAGGCCCGGCUUUUGGGUGGCACUUUGAACUUAUACUAUCGGAGUACCCUUUGAUUAUGCAAGAAUAAGAUCUUUUGGAGUUGAACUGGAGACGAUUAAACAUUUAAUCCAGACACUUUGUUUAUUUUUGUGCCCUAUAGUUAACUAGUUAUAUGCCUAAAUAAACAGCUUACCUAAUACAUCUGUGACGUCAA